AGAUCUCCGACGACAGCCGCGUGAGAAACAAAACACGGUUUGUGUGUGUCCUCAACCGUCUUUUCCGCAUUUUUUCGAUAGUUCGUGUACCGUGUGCGAAAGCCGGCGUCGAGUGGUGUGUUGAAAAUGGUGGCGAGUGUGUGUUGACGGAGCCAGUUCGAUCGAUAUGUCGGAAAAUAGGUCUUGGGGCGGACAGAACGAGGGGGUUUGGUGGCCGAACGAUAUGCAGCACCAUCAGGGCUUCAUGCAACAGCAGCUGGAGGCGGCCGUCAAUAGUACGGCGUCCCCCACGGAACAACUGUUCAGUUACAAAAUGGCCAGCAGUUUCCAGAAUCCGGCUACGACAGUGACGAAUUCGACUACGACGUCUCCCGUAGGUGCUCAGGGCAUCCGCGGCUACGACUAUAGCAUGACAGGUGGUAAUCCUCAGAUGUCUGCACCUGCGCCGGGUGCCCAGUGGUGGUACCCGGAGAAUAUGCACAGUGCGAUUCAAAGUAUGCAGAAUAGUUUGCAUGGAAUGCAGCAGCAGCAACAGCAACAAUUGCCACCUGUACAUUCCCCUCCUUCCCCGCAAAGUGAAGCUCAGAACCUACAAGAGGAAGCUCAGCAAAGGCAACAGCAGCAGCACCAAGAGGCUGUACAGCGACACCAAGAGGCUUUGCAGCAGCACCACCAGGAGGCCCAAAGGCAGCACCAAGAGGCCCUCCAGCAACACCACCAACAGCUGCAGCAGCAAACGCAUCAGUUGCACCAGCAACAGCUGCAGCAGCUCCACAACAACCACCAGCAGCAGAUUCUGCAGCACCACCAGCAACAGCAGCAGCAGCAUCAGCUGUCUUUGGCCCCGCCGCCGCCGCUAGCGCAGAAAGGAAGGAUGCCGCGCGCGAAGGCCGAUGCCAGGCCGCGAGGGCGCAUGACCGCCUACGCGUUCUUCGUGCAGACGUGCCGCGAGGAGCACAAGAAGAAACAUCCCGAAGAGAACGUCGUGUUCGCCGAGUUCUCGAAGAAGUGCGCCGAAAGGUGGAAGACCAUGUUGGACAAGGAAAAGAAGCGUUUCCAUGAAAUGGCUGAGGGCGAUAAGAAGAGGUUUGAUACUGAAAUGCUCAGCUACACUCCUCCCAAGGGAGAGAAGCAAAGAGGAAAGAAGAGGAAACAAGUAAAGGAUCCUAAUGCUCCAAAACGUUCAUUGUCUGCCUUCUUCUGGUUCAGCAACGACGAGCGCUCCAAGGUCAAGGCGGCGAAUCCCGAGUACGGUGUGGGCGACAUCGCCAAGGAGUUGGGCAGGAGGUGGGCCGAUUGCGAUCCCGAAGACAAGAGCAGAUACGAGGCCCUGGCGGACCAGGACAAAGCCAGAUACGAGAAAGAAAUGACUGCUUACAAAAAGAAGAACAAUCCCGCCAUGCAACAGGCGGCUGUGCCAGUACCUGAACCAGAGGAACCGGAGGAAGACGAAGAAGAGAUCGAUGACGACGAAGACGACUGAACAAUGUAACAUAACCUCACGUUUCGUUGAAGUCGCCUUCUCAUUCCUCUAUUGUAAAUAUACAUUAGUAGCAGUGUAUUAUCUCUCGUUCUUUUUUUUUUAUUCAUGUGUACUUACAAACUGACAGGUGUGAGUGAGCGCGCUUUGUUCUUUCACCAUUUUGUUUAUUUUUAUUUCAUAUCAUUUUUCCAGGAAUACUUUGCUUUUAUCUUUUUUUGAACAGUAGUCAAGAUUGUGAAAGAAAUCAAAUUCGUAUUAGUUUACUCAUUCUUUUCAUCAUCUAUUUUUAUCACAAACUUUUUAAAAUUGUGUCAAUUUUUUGCAGGAUUCAAUUUACAUGUUUGAGAAUUUUAUGCAAACUAUUUAUUGGAAACGUUUUAUUUGAGUUGUAAGUAUCACUCUUAGUAUAAUUUUCAUGUGUCCCCUACAGUAUAAGCAGAGCAGACUAUUUUUACUAUAUUUCAUUGAUUGUUAACAGUUUAUUGUUCAUACAUCAUACCAAAGCUUGUAUGAAGGGAGUGGAAACGUUCAGAUAUAUUUAGUUUUGUUACUAAUUACUCCAUAAUGUACAUUGAAGCGGACAAUACUGCAUAUUCCAUGUACAAAGUGUGAAAAUGUCAUAAUAGAGGAGGGUUUCCAUGAUCCAGCAUUUGGUGGCAGAAGUGGGAUAACUCACCUGAAAAAUACCUUCCUUGUGCUAUGUUAUUUUCUUUUUAAGUAACUACUCUGUAAUAUUUCAUUCAUUGCCUUUGUAUUCUUUUUCAUUCCUGUGUGAAAGGAGAUGAUUGUUCAAAUGUUUUUUUUUGUAUUUCGUAGCCUCAAUCCGUUGAUGUUUGUGAAUUCCACUGUACCAUAGAACUACUGGGAAUAAUGUAAAAUGUGACGUGAGAUGUUUGUAAGAAGACUUUAUUGGAAUGCUCUUAUUUUUUUUAGUACUGUUGAUGUUACAGGUGUCCAUUAAAUGGAUUAAACAUGUCACCUCUCAUUACAGAUGCUCUGUGUUAUUUUAGGGAGAAAAUUAAUAGAAACGUUUGAUUUUUUAUAUCUGAUAGGGAUGAACUAAAAAAAUAAUAAAAUUUUCAUU